AUGUCUAUCACUUUACUAUGUCUCGUCAAAGGAAAUACGACCGCUAGUGCUUUUGCCAUAGAUAUUGAUAGGGAAAAGCUGGUUAGCCACCUCAAGGACGCUAUUAAAGAGAAAAAACAAAAUGACUUUGCUGUUCUCAGCUUGGAAGAGGCGUUGUCGUGUAUUCCGCCACCCAUAACAUAUUCUACGGACUGCGUUACCUCGAAGACCACUACAAAGGCUGUUGGUGACCCGCCUGCAAGUGUACAGCUUUGGGGGGACUUUUUCGAUAAAGUGAAUCAAUUCCGCUUCGACCAACAGCCGAUAUUUGAGAGGCCAAGAUUUAAUGAUAAAUUUGCUGUGGUCGAUGAAGAGGAUGUUCGUAAUGCCAUAAAUGUUAAUAUUUGUAUGAUAUUGAAUGAUCUUACAGGACCAGACUAUGUAUAUUCAAGGAAAUCUACUGACACUCCCGGCAUACCAGAUUUCAACUGUCAUCUCGUGGGUUCAUUGAUCUUGGUGAUGGAGGCUAAAAGAAAGCAUGUUUUAGAAGAUAUGGGCGAACAGACAUUUUCUGAGUUUUAUCAGACGAGUAAGGGCAAGGAUGUAGUUCAACAAAUCUAUAAUUAUAUGGGAGGAAACGAACUUAGAUAUGGCAUUCUUACCACCUAUGAUAAUCACUAG